AUGGCUCAUCCAUCGAAAAAAUAUGCUCCUUCACCCUCAUCAAACAAAAUGCCUUUCGACGAUUGUAAAAAAAAUAUUCUGCUAUUUCGAACUCCAGGGAUUAUCAAACACAGUACUGGACACAAUCGUGUACCGAACUGUGUCCCAACGGCUUCAAGUGGAGGAGACAACGCAGAGCGUCAAACAGGAAUCCAACAAUGCUGCUCCGUCGGGCGUCCGAAAGCGGAGGCUGCUGGACAAUCUGAGCAGUGGACUAUCAGCUUGGGCUGGUGGGGCCUCACUUCACCGCAGCUGACUCACAGUGGACACAAAUACGACUCACCGGUGCCUUGA